AUGUCCUUGCGCCGUCGCCCGCUCCGCCUGUGCGCCGUCGUCGCCUCCAUCGCCGCCUUGGUCCUGAUAAUCGUCUUCGUACCCAAGAAGCAUGAAUCUCUCUGGGGCUUCGACUAUGUCCGCAGCUCCUUCGACUGGGCUGCCCAGCACAAGGUCCAUCCUGUAACCUCGCUCAUCCCGUUACCGUCGAGCCCACCGCUGCCCUUGCCUGCGGUUCAAUAUGCAUUCCCAGAAGCGGCGGAUCCGGCCCGCGAGGCACUGCUUGCUGAUCGCCGAGACAAGGUCAAGGCCGCCUUCAUCAAGAGCUGGACCAACUACAAGAAGUACGCCUGGACGUGGGACGAGAUUGAGCCUGUGUUGGGGCUGCCCAAGGAUACGCUUGGUGGAUGGGCAGCGACACUGGUGGACUCGCUUGACACGCUCUGGAUCAUGGGGCUGCAUGAUGAGUUCUACGAUGCCGUCGCUGCCGCAGUCACGCUUGACUUUGGGUACACGCCCGCGGGAUCUUGCAACUUCUUCGAGGUCACCAUCCGCCAUCUCGGCGGCUUGCUGGCUGCAUACGACCUGAGCAAAGAGCGAGUCCUCCUUGAGAAAGCCACCGAUCUCGGCGAGAUGCUCUACGCGGCUUUUGACACGCCAACCCAGAUGCCUCCGUUCCUGCUCAACUUUGGCGACGCAAAGUCUGGUUAUCUGACGGCAGGCUCAUAUGAUCCUGCGGCCGCCGUCACCUCAUUCGGAGUCGAGUUCACCCGCCUGUCCCAACUCACCGGCGACAACAAGUACUACGACGCGCAAGCCAGGCUGGCUGUUCUUCUCGACGAAUGGCAGAACCGCACCACAAUCCCGGGGCUCUGGCCGCUGCAUCUCAACCUGCAGAAGCUCGAGCUCGACGUCGACAGUCUCUACAGCAUCGGUGCCAUGGGCGACUCGCUGUACGAGUACUUCCCCAAGGUCCACGCCAUGCUGGGCGGCGUCGAGCCCGUGUAUGAGAAGAUGUACCGCCAGUCGAUGGACGCUGUGAUCAAGCACCUCAUGUUCCGGCCCAUGACGCGUGACCAGCGCGACAUCCUGCUGUGCGGUAUCAACUACGUCGCCAAAGGAGACGCCAUCCGCACUCCGUCGUUCGUCAUGGAGCACCUUACGUGCUUCGCAGGCGGCAUGUUCGCGCUGGGCAGCAAGCUGUUCGACAUCCCCGAGCACAUGGCGUACGCGGAAAAGCUGACCAAGGGAUGCGUCUGGGCCUACGAGAUCUCAAAGGUCGGCAUCGCGCCAGAAAAGUUCUCGCUGAUCCCGUGCGUGUCGCUCGAGCCGUGCGAGUGGGACGACAGCCGGUGGUACGAGGAGGGCAACGCCACGCUACCCGACGGGUUCAAGAGCGUGCAGGACCCGCGGUAUCUGCUGCGGCCCGAGGCGAUCGAGAGCGUGUUUGUCAUGUACCGCGUCACGGGGGACGAGGCGUACCAGGAGAUGGCCUGGCGGAUGUUCGAGGCCAUCGUUGCCGUGGCCGAGGCCGAAUUUGGGUUCUCGACAGUCGAGGAUGUGACCGUGGCGGACGUCAAGCUUGACGAUGCGCAAGAGACGUUUUGGCUUUCAGAGACACUCAAGUACUUUUACCUGAUAUUCGCGCCGCCCGACAUGAUCAGUCUGGACGACUACAUUUUGAAUACCGAGGCGCACCCUUUGUUGCGACCCAUCCCGGGAUCAUGA